UCCCAGCCGGAAGCGGCCGGUGGCGCAAGGCAUUGUGCGUAUCAUGGCGGCUGCCCUUUGCCGGCGCUUCUUCAGCGCCGUGAGGGUCUCGGGAGUCUUACAGGCCCCGCCAGGCGCCUGCCUUUCCGGAUUAACCUUGAACCUGCUCCAUAAGAACAGUACUAAAGUAGAGCCCCUCUAUCAGUGUAAGUUUCUCCAUACUACUUUGUCACGGAAAGGACUCGAGGAGUUUUUUGAUGACCCAAAAAACUGGGGAGAAACUGUAGUUAAAUCUGGGGAUGAGUGGCAUGCAAAACACCUAAGAAACAAGAGUAAUGAAGAUUUGCACAAACUUUGGUAUGUCCUACUGAAAGAGAAAAACAUGCUUUUAACUCUAGAGCAAGAAGCAAAGCGACAAAGUUUACCUAUGCCAAGUCCGGAACGAUUAGAAAAGGUGGAAAAGUCUAUGGGAAGAAUAGACUUAGUUAUUAAAGAAAGAGAAGUUGCUCUGCGGCUGUUACAAACAGGCCAUGAAAACCCACAACCUGGCGAGUGGAGAAAUGACUUUUUAGGACGCACUUACUGGUACAAGUCCAAAGAGUGGCCGAUACCUUGGUACCUGAACAAAAAAUACAACAGGAGGAAAUUCUUCUACUUGCCACACGUGAAACAUUUCAUCAGACUCAGAAUAGAACAACACUUGAAAAAACAAGCAAGAAUGAAAAGCUUAGAAAAAAAGAAACAGCUCCUUUUACAAAAGAAAUUCCCUCACCUUGCUGCACAAUCACAGAAUUAAUAUCAAGCUGGAAGCAUGAUGCAAGUAACAGUUUUAUUGCAGUAGUCUUAAGAUCCUACAGGUGACUGGCAUGUAGUGUGAACAUAUUUUCAGUGGGCAGCAGAUAAAGAACACGGCUGCCUGUGAGGGUUUUUUGUUUUUUUUCCCCUUUUAUCUUUCUUUUUCCCUGCCCAAAUAAAGCUCCUCAACCCUAAAAAUAAAAUUCAUAUCUGGGUUGAGAGACCUUCAGAGCAAAACAAUAUAAAUUUGUACUGAGUCAUUUAACUGAUUUCUGGAAAAGUAAUAUUUUAUCAACCAGGUGCUGAAAAUUUUAUUACGUGUCAUUUACUAUAAAGCUGAACUGUAUAUGCUUAACAGUAAAAAAACAUCUGCAAGACAGACUGCAAUCAAGGCAGUUGUAGACGUGUCUGCUUUAGCUUUUAAGAAAGAGGUCUUCUCUCCCUUUUUUUGCACUUAACACUUGGCGUAGCAUAUUAUACAAGCUAUAGCAGCUGUCCAAUGUACUGGACUGUUCUGUUUAAGUACAACAAAAUAACACCUGCAUUAGGCAGCAAAUUAUAGAGGUAAACUGACCACCUAGUUGUAAAAUCAAGUAGGUAAGGGAGAGGAAUAGAAAGGUCAAGAGCAACAUCUCUACUGAAAGCAAUGGUAAAUUAGAUAGGGAACUUCUCAGUCAAAUUAAUUUUAAAUCUGGCUUGAUAGCUGUGUCCAAGUUUUCUUAGUAAGGAGGGAGUAGCUUGAAGAUAACCAGGAAUUUAGCCUGUGCUGUCUUUGGUAGAUUCAGUGGAAAUGUUCACAUUUUCUAACAUAGCCCUAUACUUAUUUUUGUAAGUGACUGGCUCUUUGCUUUAUCACAUUAGAGCCUGCAGCCCUCCUGACAGGGGAAAGCUUUCAAAUAUUCUUCAGAAUAUUUGCAUUAUUAGAAGCACAACACUUGACACCUAAGUAACAACUUAUGGACAACUUUGCUAUUUCCUAUUUGUAAUUAAAGUUUAGGUAGUUUCAUGUAUGAUGUAUACUAAGAUGUACAUAGCAGUACCCAGCUCUUCCCUAUUAAUAAAGAUAUUUAGAAAAGUGAAAUAUUUUCAUAUGGUUGUAGUAGAAGCAUUUGUUAGCUGUCAAUUGAGAAUUAAUUUAAUGCAACUGAUGCCAGGAUCUACUAUGGAGACUUAAUCAACAGACAAUUGAAUUCUAUAAUUCUGCAGCAUUGAAAAUGUGUAUAACUUGAGAUGCCUACAAGCUAUAUCUGUACAGAAGGCAAUUAUUCCAUUACAAAACCAUUCAAUGCACCUGACUUGCACUUGUGGAACACUUUUGGUCUUCCAGAAUGUUUAGUUAAGAAAUAAAUUAAAAAUUAAGAGUGCAGUUAGCAGUAUCUGUUUGAAAGAAGUAGCUUUGAAGGAAAGGACAGAUGUGGCUAGAUUCAACCAUGUUAUAUGCAGUGGAUUCAAAUAAUUGUCCCAAUCAAUGCCAAAGAGAACUUUUUUCUGUCUCUAAGUGAAACUCUACUUUUACAUAGAUAGAGUAGGUAAGACAUAAGAUCUUACUUAUCUUUAGUACUCGGUUUCACAGUGAACAGGAGUUGAAUUGCAUACCAAUAACCACUCAUUGAAUCUUUUACAAAAUUAAAGCAGAAUCGCUGUUUACAAACAUAAUCUUCCACAAAACUAGCUACAUUUAACACUACCACCUACAAAAGCAAUCAAAUACCUGAGAAAAUAUUAGCCUUCCUAAAUAUUCCCCUGCAGCAUAAAGGAUAAACAGCAAAAAAUGUGGAGAGGGGUUUGUAUUUAAGUAGCUGAAAUUGUUUUUGCUCUGGGAAAGGCAGGAGUUAACUCUUUGCAGACGAGUGAUUUUUUUAGUCACACUAAAAUUUUUUUUUUCCUUAGAGGAAAGUUUACAAUGGGCUUUCCCUCACUCUAUAAUUGAUAAAGGAAUAUAAAUUAUUCCAUUAUUUAUACACAUAAACAGGCUCUGGCAUUCUGCAUCAGUGUUUUCCUUCUUAAGUUUAGGGAGUAAUUAUAAGUCAACUUAAUUUUCUCCUUGCCCUGUUGCCAACAUAUAUCCGAUACAUCCUGACAUUUCACUGAUGGCACUUGAAUGUGGUUGUACAGUUAUAAGAGUCUUGUUUACUUUCACCAUUUAAGUUUCUCCUAAUCAGUUUAUUUCUCCUACCAUGACUGCCAGAACAAUCACCCCUCUCUCUAUGCCAUACUGCAGUUGCAGUCAGAGGUACCUGAGUUGGAUCCAGCCUUGUUUUGAGAGAGGCCAGUGCUAGCAGCCAACAGCCCUGAGAACCUGAAACUUGUUCUCUCCUUUGAUCCAAAAUAGCCCAAACCGAUGACGAGGUUAAGGGGUCUGUUCCUGGAGAUGGAGCAUUUUGAUUUUAAGUUAUUGGCUAGCUGUGUUCAUUUAUUUUCUGCAUGACUAUUUUAUGGUAUUGGUUUAUCAUUAUUAAAGUGUCAAGAGCUUUCA